GCAGCAUCCCUCUCUGUAAGAUCACUGAGAUGAGUUGAUGAGAAGCCCCCUCUAAUUCAUGAGGAGUGGUUUGUCUGUCACAUUCUUUCUGUCUCCUUAACAGAGAGUCAACAUGAUCAGAAUUCUUAUCUCCAUAACCAUUGGUUACACAGCCUGGGCUGCAGGUAUUCAGAUCAUUGAUUUCAUCAACUACUAAUAUCCUCAUUUGAUUGGUUUUUAUGUUUCAGGUAAAUAUGUUUCUUUAUCUGUUGUUUCAACUCUCUCUCUCUCUCUCUCUCUCUCUCUCUCUCUCUCUCUCUCUCUCCUCUCUCUCUCUCACUCUCACUCUCACUCUCACUCUCACUCUCACUCUCACUCUCACUCUCACUCUCACUCUCACUCUCACUCUCUCUCUCUCUCUCUCUCUCUCCAGGUUAUUCUCCGAGUAACCAGGUUCACCAGAGUCCUGCAGCCCUGUACAAGAAACAGGGAGAGUCGCCUAAGAUGGAGUGUUCACAUAAAGUAUCAGGCUAUGAUCGCAUCCUCUGGUACAAGCAAUCCAACUACAGAGAAUUUGUGUUUUUAGGAUACAUGAUAGGGAAAACUGGAUAUCCUGAGGCUGGAUUUGAUAUAGAAGGAGAUGCUAAUGCAGGUGGUACCAGCACCUUAACCAUCAAUCAACUAACUCCAGAUAGCAGUGCUGUGUAUUACUGUGCCGCUAGUUUACACAGUGCAUCAGAUCUCCCUCUCUGCUCUACAAAAACCUCAUCCCUGGUGUACUGUAGACUAAUCACACCUGCAUUAACAUCACACUGUAACUGA